AUGGUAAACUUGUCGGCCUUAAACUCGUUGAUGACCGAGUCUGGGAGAUCCGCCAGUUGUGUCUGCGGUUCUUCGAGCCCUGCCUGUUUGAACGGCUCAGAUGCUGCUGCCGAAUUGCCAAACGGUUGUCCAAACGGACUAUUAUUAGUUAAUGGGCUCGACGAUGUUUGGCCGAACGGUGUCGGCUUAGCAGGCUGGCUGGCUACCUGGUUGAAAGGGCUUACCUUUUGGGAGCCAAACGCUCCGAAACCGCUUUGUCCAAACCCUGACGUCGGCUGCGCUGUAUGGGAAGUAGCACCGAACGGGCUUGGUGCUGGGUUUGUACUUGCGCUUCCGAACGGGUUGGGCUUGGCAGCUGCGCUGCCAAAUGGUGAUGAUGCCUGGCCGAAUCCGGACUGGCCGAAUGCUGAGGCGCCAGCAGAGGGAGCGGUGGAGGAGGAUCCAAACGGAUUAGCAGGGGCUGUCGCAGUUUGUCGUCCAAAUGGGCCUGUGUUAGAUGCGGUGCCAAAAGCUGAGGACCCUGCGGAUUGGAAAGGGUUGGCGAUAGAGUUGGCUCCAAAUGGAUUCGGUUUGGCAGUGGCAGAGCUCUGGAACGGGUUCGAGAUACUGGCGCCUCCAAAGGCGUUUGAUGUGGCUGGCGCCCCGAACGGCGAGUUUUGA